AUGCCAUCAUUAGAGGACGAGCUAUUCCCUUCAACUCCUGGUAAGUUCAAGAUCGACCGUAACCACACCAUGAAUCGUCAGUUCCACCGUUGCUUCGCUUCCACAAGCACCAUGUUCUUGUGGGCACUUUUCUUGGUAGCUUUAACGGCGUCUUAUUUGAGUUUCCAAUCUUUUGUCGAUUCCGGUAGCCGGUAUUUCACCGCUUCUUGGGGUGGCAUUCAAUGGGAGAAACAAAUACGUAAUUCUGCCCAGAUCCGCCGUUCUAACGGCAAGUCAGUUCUUGUUACCGGAGCAGCCGGUUUCGUUGGAACCCACGUUUCUUUAGCUCUCAAGAAACGUGGGGACGGCGUCGUCGGGAUAGACAAUUUUAACAACUACUACGACCCGUCUUUGAAGAAAGCCCGAAAAUCUCUCCUUAACAACCAUGGGAUUUUUAUCGUUGAAGGAGACAUAAACGACGCCCGAUUAAUAGCUAGGCUUUUCGAUAUUGUGGCUUUCACUCACGUGAUGCAUUUGGCGGCUCAAGCUGGAGUUAGAUACGCCAUGGAGAAUCCACACUCAUAUGUGCACUCAAAUAUAGCCGGCCUGGUCACUCUUCUUGAGGCUUGUAAAUCGGCUAACCCUCAGCCGUCUGUCGUUUGGGCUUCAUCAAGUUCUGUGUACGGUUUAAAUGAAAAGGUUCCUUUCUCUGAGUCUGAUCGGACGGACCAACCGGCGAGUCUUUAUGCCGCUACAAAAAAGGCAGGUGAGGAAAUUACUCAUACAUACAAUCACAUUUAUGGUCUGUCAAUUACUGGGUUAAGAUUUUUUACUGUGUACGGUCCAUGGGGAAGACCCGAUAUGGCUUACUUUUCUUUCACGAGAAACAUUUUACAAGGGAAACCGAUUACAGUUUAUCGGGGCAAGAAUCGGGUUGACUUGGCCCGGGAUUUUACUUACAUUGAUGAUAUUGUGAAAGGUUGUGUUGGGUCAUUGGAUACUUCGGGUAAAAGCACAGGUUCUGGUGGGAAGAAAAGGGGACCCGCUCCUUAUCGGAUCUUUAAUUUGGGGAACACGUCACCAGUUACGGUACCUACCCUUGUGAGCAUACUGGAGAGGCAUUUGAAGGUGAAAGCGAAAAGGAAUUUUGUGGAUAUGCCUGGAAACGGUGACGUACCCUUCACUCAUGCAAAUAUCAGUUUGGCGCAAAGAGAACUUGGGUAUAAACCGACUACUGAUUUGGCAACCGGGUUGAAGAAAUUUGUUAAGUGGUAUCUCUCUUAUUACGGCUAUAAUCAUGGGAAAGCUGUAAAUUAG